CCGAAAAAUGUCGACUUGGUCGCCUAAAAUUCUCGCCAUCCGGAUCCACUCGCUGGCGGCAACGUUCAACCGAAGAAGCUACCAUCGUGCCACUGCCCUGCACCGUCCGUCCGGACCACCGAAACUCUCGCCAUACGAUGUAAACUGUAUACUGCGAGCGAACGAACACACGCAAGAGUUUUUUGGCGGGUCCGUUAAAAGCUACGACUCGAACCAGCUCGCCUCAAAUUCACCGAUCGAAGACUCGCGCAGCGAAGCGAGCUGUGUCCAUACGUCCGGUUUGCUGGUGGGGAUAUUCGAUGGCCACGGUGGACCCGCUUGUUCGCAGGUUAUCAGCAAGCGGUUGAUGCGAUACAUUGCGGCAUCGCUCGUACCACCGGAUGAUCUGCGGCAGCAUAUGCUUGGUGGUGCUCAGAGCUUCUCCUUCCUGAGCUGCCACAAUGAUAAGCUUGAAUUUGUGAGCGAAAUCAAGGAACUGUACGAGAAAAGCUUCAACCAGUUCGCGAACGAACUCACCAACACCACGCUCGCCGGUUUUCAGAUGCAUCAAACGCUCGAGAAUGCUUUUAUCCGGCUGGAUCAAGAUCUGUCCCGGGAAGCGAUUGAAAUGCCCAGCCUACGCACGAUGUCGGUUGCGAUGAGUGGUGCUGUGGCGCUCGUUGCACACAUCGACGGACCCCAUCUGCACGUCGCCUCCGUAGGGGAUUGUUCGGCCGUGCUCGGUACCGUAACCGAUACCGGCCAAUGGGUUGCCAAGAAGCUAACCAACGAACACAACUCCGACAAUGUUGGGGAAGUUCGCCGACUGCUCAGCGAACAUCCGGCCACCGAGCGGGACACCGUAAUACGCGGUGAACGUUUACUCGGUCAACUAGCUCCACUGCGUGCGAUGGGCGAUUUUCGCUACAAAUGGACACGCGAACAGCUCGAACAGCUGGUCGUGCCUCAGUUUGGUGAGCAAGUCAUCGCACCCUACUACCUCACGCCACCCUACCUGAGCGCGUGUCCGGAAAUUACGCACCACAUACUAACGCCACGGGACAAGUUUCUUAUCAUCGCAAGCGACGGUCUGUGGGACACGAUGAGCGCCAUGCAGACGGUACAUCUGGUCGGGGAGCAUAUGUACGGGAAAGCGUUCCUGCAACCGUUAACGCUCCCGAAGCAGGACAUAACCCUUGGGGAAAUCAGUCAAAUGCUAAGCACCCGGAAGGCGGGCCUGCAGAAGAAACCGCUCGAUCGUAAUGCGGCAACGCAUCUCAUCCGCAACGCGCUCGGCGGUACCGAGUACGGUGUGGAGCACUCGAAACUAUCGCACAUGCUAUCGUUGCCGCAGGAUAUCGUCAGGUUGUUCCGGGACGAUAUUACCAUAACGGUUAUUUAUUUCGACUCCGAAUAUCUCCGGAACUGUCCUACCUGA